AUGCUCAACUCUUCCUCUGAGAAGCUGGCUAAAUCGAGGCGGGAACUACACAAGAUUAUCUCUAAAAUCCUCCCCAAUCUUCUGAGGGAAGAGAAUUCUGAGAAACCCACCCAGUUUGAUCGUUGGAGAGAGGAACUGGCUCUGGAGAACGAACCAGAUGAAACUGUGGUUGAAGAAAUACUCAACUCGUCCUACCCCCGGCUGGUUGAAGCAUGUUGGAUUCUACACAAGAUCAUCUCUCGAAAACACUACAGGUUUCUAGGUGAAAUCCAGGACCUAGAUCCAAACCAAACCAAGCUGACGGAGGCCGCUAGGAAAAAAGAAGUGGCUGAAGCCCUUCAGGGGGGCGGGCUGAAAGCAGAGGACUUUGAAGUUUUAUUCAUUUCUAUGGAUAAUGGGAUGGAAAACGAGGACCCAAUCAGUCAGAUGGGUUUCUAUGGGAAGGACGACCCUUCCAAAGCAACCAAGAUUUUCAAAGAGCAGGUUUCCAAGCUUCUCCCAGCAUGCUUUUCUGAGACACUGAUCAGGGUUUACUGUAAGAAGACAGAUGAAACUAGUCUGAAGGUUGCCAAGGAACAGUUUGCCAAGUGGCGCCAAAUCAAAUGCCCCAGUACCACAGAUGGAGCAAUGGGAGCACAGAAGAGGAGGACGACAGAAGAUCCUCACAGGUAA